AUGGGAGUAGGUCGGUCCCGACUUCACAUUGUCAAAACCCCUUUGCUCGGAUUCUCAGGUGGCAGAGUCAUACCAGAAGGGUCAAUACAGCUCCUGCUCACCACUGGAGACAAGCAGGACCAAGUGAACAUGAUGAUCAACUUUUUGGUGGUGGACUGUCCUGUCUACAACACAAUCUUAAGCCGACCCUCUCUUAACGCCCUGCAAGCGGUAGUCUCGACCUAUCACUUAGCAAUGAAAUUCUUGACCAAUCAGGGUGUCAAGUUGGUCAGAGGAGAUCAACAUGACACUCGGCAAUGCUAUACGAUGCCACUAAGGGAUUCACAUCAAACAAUGACCAUUGCCUCAUUGGAUCCCCGAGAAGAUUCUGGAGAAAGGGGUUGUCCUGAGGAAGAUCUCAUUCUCAUUCCAUUCGACAGCUCCUAUCCAUCUAGAACGGUCCAGGUAGGGUCGCCUGUGACAUCUCCACUGCGGAUCAAGAUUAUAAACCUCCUUCAACAAUAUGCAAACGUCUUCGCAUGGUCCCAUGAAGAUAUGCCCGGCAUUAACCCAAAGAUCAUUGUUCAUCGGCUGAAUGUCGACACCGAUCACCAACCAAUUCUACAAAAGCACAAGCCACUCAGCCUCAAGCGAUACACAGUGAUUGGAGAAAAAGUUGACAACCUCCUUAAAGCUGGGUUCAUUGAAGAAGUAUAUUAUCCGGACUGCACAACCAACAUCGUUUUGGUUAAGAAGUCCAAUGGGAAAUUGCGGGUCUGUGUCAAUUACACUGACCUGAACAAGGCAUGUACCAAAGAUAGUUUUCCUUUUCCCCGAAUUGAUUAG